CAGGGUGACAAACUCACAGAGCACAGAGAUGCUUCCUCUGCAGAUUCUUUGGGACUUGCUAAGACAACAGAGCCUCCUCAGAUCUCCGUUUUUUCCAGUUUUAUUCUCUCUGACUGUGCACCUGAGCUGCUGCUUCCCUUACAUUUGUCUGGAUUUGCUCUCUUCUAGACUGACCCUGGUACACCGCUUUAAGAUCCAGCCUCAAAGCAAGGUGACAUGGACAAUGGCUUACAGUUGCUUUUGCAAAAUUGUCCGCAACCAUGUCUGUUUCAUUUUCCCUUUGUCUGUUGUGCACUGGUACUUGAGACCUGUGUUUUAUCCUCUACUGGCACCUGAGAUGCUGUCUGUUGUUAAGGAUAUACUGGCCUGCCUCCUCCUGUUCGACAUGCAGUACUUUUUGUGGCAUCUGCUGCAUCACAAGGUGUCCUGGCUCUACAAUUUCUUCCACAAGGAGCACCACUUCUACACGGCCACCUUCUCGCUGACGACCGAAAACACAAGCGUCUGGGAGAUGCUGAGUCUCAGCUUUUUCACAACACUGAACCCUGCUCUCCUGGGCUGCCACCCGCUCACGGAGAUGCUCUUCUAUGUUACUAACAUGUAUCUGUCUGUGGAGGCUCACUCAGGCUAUGAAUUUCCCUGGUCUCCACAUAGACUGGUGCCCUUCGGCCUCUACGGAGGAGCUCAGCAUCAUGACCUCCACCACCUAAAAUUCAGGGUAAACUACGCGCCAUACUUUACGCACUGGGACAGACUUUUUGGCACACUGCAGGGAAAAGACACGCAGAAGAAGUCAAGAAACAAGAAGCCAUGAUUAUCAGAAUGUGUGAUGGACAUUAUUUCCAGCUGUCAACCUGCAAGACAAGCAACUAAAGAUAAAAAAUUGACUUAAUGAAAGCUAUAUUCUAGACAACAGCGACCAAUAACUGUUUCAAUAUGAACAUGGGCAUGCCAUCAUUGUAUUAAGAUAGACAUGAAAAAAUCUGAACUUAAACUUUAAAGGUGGCUGUAAAAAACUCAGUUUCAUCAGAUCAGUACAAGGUACGAGCUAUAUACAGUCACAUAUGUAUAUAAAUGUAUUUAUAUUGUCACUAUUGGAAUUAUAUCAUUUUUCAUCAUCAUUAUAAUUUAACUGUAUUUCAAAGUAUCACUUAACCUCAUAAAUCACUGUAAUAUACUUAUUUUAAUAAACUAAUUUACUUCACAUUUGCCAUAGAUAUUACUGAUUAUUACAGAUCAAUAAAUGUGGUUAAAAGUAUUAUACCUGUAAAAUACCCUUUUUAUUUUUUU